AUCAUUUAAAAACAUCGAUGCCAAUGAUGCAUGACUUUGGGAGGUGUGAGAUGGCGAAUAGUACAAAGUAAAUAUCUUGUAGUACCACCCUUCCCUUGUACUACACACAACCCACACCAAUUAUAUCCAUCCCCCACACCUCCGGUCCCAUUUUUCAUUCCUUACGCAACCACCACCAACUACCUUUUUCCGAUUACUUUUCCGCCACCGCAACCAUGAUGCACAUGACCUUCUACUGGAGCCGCAACGUCACUCUCCUCUUCUCCUCCUGGCAAACCGACUCAUGGAUCAGUUACGCUCUCACCUUACUCGCCUGCUUCAUCUUCUCCAUCUUUUACCAGUACAUGGAGGACCGCCGCCUCCGCUUCAAACUCCUCUCCACCUCCGCCGCCUCAACCACCACCAACGGCACCGCCGUUGACGCUACGCCGCUCCUGAACAAGAAGAUUAUCGCCGGAAGUAGCCGGUGGAGCGUCGGUAGGGUUGCCGGAGCGGUUCUGUUCGGAAUUAACUCGGCGAUUGGAUACUUCCUUAUGCUUGCGGUUAUGUCGUUUAAUGGCGGUGUGUUUGUUGCGAUCGUUGUUGGAUUGGCUGUUGGAUACUUGUUGUUUAGGAGUGGUGAUGAUGAGCAGGUUGUUGUUGUUGAUAAUCCGUGUGCCUGUGCUUGAUGAUGUUGUUGUUGUUGUUGUUCGAGAUCCGGUUGAUUUGUAGAUCGAUGUGAUUGAAUGUUGAAACUCUAAGGUGUUGACUAUUUCUCUGUAUUCUUGUAGGAUCGAAAGGAAACCCUAGGUAUACGUAAGUUUGAAUCUACUUCAUUGUUCUGUAUUAUAAUAAUCAAUUUCUUGUUUGAAACUGCAACAAUUAAGAUAGCAUUGAUGAUGAUCGUAUAUCGAUUUGGAUCUUCAUUUUGUGAUUGAAUAUGUUGACUGAAAGUUUCUCCGUGUUGAAUUAGGAUCGAAAUGGAAGUUAUGAAACCCUAGGUAUAUGUAAGUUUGAAUCUGUUUUCCUUGUUUCUGUAUCAGAAUAAUCGAUUUCUGGUUUGAAAGUGCAA